UUUUCUGAUUCGCAUCCGCGUGACAUUGAGGAACUAUGGGGCACACUCUGCCAAUUCUGGCCAAACAAUCUCAAGGUCAUAUUGCGCUACUUGGUCAUAAUGAGCGGCAUGGCGCCCAACGAGCUGCUGCCAUACGCAAAACGAGUUGCAUUGUAUCUGGCCCGCACCUGCCCCGAUCGCCUGCUCGACGAACUCAUGGUGGAACUGCAAACUGUAGAGACGCUUAAUUGUUUAAUUGAACGCACCGAGACACCGCCAUUUUAUCGCUUAACAAGCAUGCGGAAAGCUUCCAGUCACUCAGCUGACG